GGCAGGGAGAGGAUCCCAUUCCUGCACACGAGAUCACCACAGCCCCGUGGGAGGAGACAUUUUCCCCUGUUUUUCAUGGCUCUGGGUGUUUCUUUCCCCCCAGUUCCCUCGGAUCAUCCUGUGGCUGAUGGUGGAACUCGCCAUCAUCGGCUCGGACAUGCAGGAGGUCAUCGGCUCGGCCAUCGCCAUCAACCUGCUCUCCGUGGGCAAGAUCCCGCUCUGGGGGGGGGUGCUCAUCACCAUCGCCGACACCUUUGUCUUCCUCUUCCUCGACAAAUAUGGCCUGCGGAAGCUGGAGGCGUUUUUCGGGUUCCUGAUCACCAUCAUGGCCCUGACCUUCGGAUACGAGUACAUCACGGUGAAGCCCAACCAGGAGAAGGUGCUGCAGGGGCUGUUCAUCCCCUACUGCAAGGACUGUGGGACGCCCCAGCUGGAGCAGGCCGUGGGCAUCGUGGGCGCUGUCAUCAUGCCCCACAACAUGUACCUGCACUCUGCCCUGGUCAAGUCCAGGCAGGUGGAUCGCUCGGACAAGCGGCAGGUGCGAGAGGCCAACAAGUAUUUCUUCAUCGAGUCGUGCAUCGCCCUCUUCGUGUCCUUCAUCAUCAACAUCUUCGUGGUCUCCGUCUUCGCCGAGGCCUUUUUCAACAAGACCAACGCGGACGUGAACCAGGUCUGUGUCAACUCCAGCAGCCCCCACUCCUCGCUCUUCCCCAACAACAACGAGACACUGGAGGUGGACAUAUACAAGGGGGGUGUUGUUUUGGGGUGUUACUUCGGCCCUGCUGCUCUCUACAUCUGGGCCAUCGGGAUCCUGGCGGCCGGGCAGAGCUCCACCAUGACGGGCACCUACUCGGGCCAGUUCGUCAUGGAGGGGUUCCUGAACCUGCGCUGGUCCCGCUUUGCCCGGGUGCUGCUCACGCGCUCCAUCGCCGUCACCCCCACCCUCUUCGUCGCCAUCUUCCAGGACGUCGAGCACCUGACGGGCAUGAACGACUUCCUCAACGUCCUCAUGAGCCUCCAGCUCCCCUUUGCACUGAUCCCAGUGCUCACCUUCACCAGCCUGCCCAGCGUGAUGCACGACUUCGCCAACGGCCUGUUCUGGAAGGUGGCCGGGGGCCUCCUGAUCCUCCUCGUCUGCUGCAUCAACAUGUACUUUGUGGUGGCCUACGUGAGGGACCUGCACAACCUGGGCCUGUACAUCGGGGCCGCCGUGCUCAGUGUCGUCUACCUGUCCUUCGUGGCCUACCUGACGUGGCUGUGCCUCAUCGCCCUGGGCGCCUCCUUCCUGGCCUGCGGGAACACGGUAAGCGUCACCCGGACCCUGCACCUGGAGCCGCCGCCCCCCCGGACCCCCAAAUAAUGGGGGGGGGGAGGUCCCGGACCCGCCGGAGCCGCCGGAGCCGCGUUCCCGGGGGAGGAGGCGCGGGAGGACCCGGAGCACCCGGCACUGCCGGAAUCCUGCUGCUGUUCCUUUGCUGAGCCCCCAAAUUCCCCCGGGGCGGGGGGGGCACGUGGGAGCUGCCUGACCCCUCCUGUCCUCAGUGUCCUUUAAAUCCCCCCAGAUUCCUCCUCACGGGGUGUUUGACCCCAGGGAGCACAAACACUGACUCCCGGGAGCGCUGCCCUGGCGCCCACCUGGAUAAUCCAGACAAAUAAGCUACAAAAACCCCCAAAUCCCCCUUUCGGGUGGCAUUUGGGGACCGGGGUGACACUACAGCUGGAUCUACCUCUGCCACCCUGGCCUGGCCAAAUUUGGUCCUUUUUCACUGGAAAACACUUCCCAUUCCCGGGGAAAUCCCACGAGGACGGGAAACCUGAGCAUUGAUAUUGUCACUACUGGUUUUUACUGGCCCGACGUGGGAUUUUGGGGUCAGCAAAGGAAACGAGUUUGUGGUUAUUUAUGAUUUUAUGACUUUAUUCCCUGUGACCUGUGGAAACUCUCUUCGAGUUCUCAAAAAUCCCUGGAUUAUGGCUCAAAAUCAGGCUGUGGAAGCUCCACAGUCUUUUCCAGGGGUUUCCUUGCUGCUCCCGCUUUUCCCAGAUUUAAAUUCCCCCAUCUCACUUUCUGCUGCUGUUUAAUGAGUUUUGGGUUUUUUGGGAGAAGCUUUGCUGGGAAUGUGACCCAAGUGCAAUGGAACAGAUUGGGAUGGAGGGAACGGGGCACCUCUCAGAUCUCCAGCUCUAGCAGGGGUUUGGAGUCUCAUCCUGCCUGGUGGGGUGGGUUUGGAUCUCUGGAUCAUGGAAAUUAGGGUUAAUUAGGGGAACUCCCUUCUCUGUCCACCUGGAGGCACGGCAGAGGCAAAGCUCCGUGGAUUUAGAUCCCAAAAUGCUUUAUGGAUCUGCAGGAUGGAGCAGGGGUGGGGGUGAGGGGCUCCCCUCCCAGGUGGGUGUCACAGCUCCCACCCAGCCUGGCCCUGGAUUAUUUGGGAUCCUUGGAUCAGGGCUGCCCAGUGCCAGGGGCUCCAUCCCUCGCUGUAAUGGGGCUUCCUUGUAAUUCCAUCGGCCCUUCCCUGUGCCCCCUGUCCCAGGCAGGGAAUCCUCUCUGAAAUAAAAUCCCCAACCCUUGGGAAUGCUGCCCUGAUGCCAUUUUGGGAUCCAGUGGUCACUGGGAUUUCUUCCCUUCAUGAGCAAAGCUGGGUCGCUCCCAGGAUCGGGGCAGGUCGGGGCAGCCCCUUCCUGCCUUGAGCUUCCACAGGGUUUUAUCCGUCACUGCCCAGGAUCUGGGGUUAUUCCAUGGUGCCCAGGACACAUUCCAGGGACAUGAGUGACAACACCCAGAGCCCAGCAGGAAAAAACUUUAAUUAGGGACAGGAUUGUAUCCGCUUUUCCCACCCUUUCCCAAACCAGCUGAGCCUUGUGGCUCCCCCUGACCCGAGCAAGGAUUAGGACAUGAUGGAUUCCCAGUUUUCAGGUCAUUACCCCAGAAUUCCAGCAGGAUUUAACCCUGUAGUGUAACACUUGUAGGUUUUACACCCCUUCCCACAACCCAACAGCCACGAUCCCUGGGAAUUCAGGGGUGGGAGGGGACGGGUUGGACUCGGGCUCCAGAAUCCCGCUGUACACACCCCCUGGCUCUCCUGGAUCGGGAAUGUUGGUUUGGGAGGGGUCAGCUUUCGUGGCUGAAACACUGACUGCGUGGCAGCAGCUCCACGGCAGAGCCUCUGGGUCGGGUCCCUGCCCGGGGGCUCCGCUCCUCGCUGCACUGAUUUGGAGAUUUUCCCUGGUUGUGUGAACCCCCUUCGCCAUUAAAACACGGAGACUUUUCCA